AUGGUGACCAAAAGAGUGGCGCGAUAUGGCGACUGGGAUAGCCCGAUUACGGCGGACACGGUAACCUCAAAGAGCCGAUCCGUCACCUCGCCGCGGGUACAUCGAGCCUCUGGUCGCGCUUUCUUCAAUGAGUCGAAAGGAGAUGGGCGUAAUGGGAUUGUUGGGAUCACCAAUGAAGGGGCCAAGGAUGUUCUCCCAGCACCUUGGAGCGCACACAACACAGUCUACGAAUAUGGAGGCUCUCCGUAUGAUGUCACCGCGGACGGCCGCAUCAUCUUUUCCGACGCUGAGAGGGGUGUUGGCAUCCUUGACCCAGACUCCGGGAAGGUGACGAUUGUCACAGCUCCUGAGAAAAAGCGGUACUCCAACUUCAGCGCCAGCCCGCAAAGCCCUUGGGUCUUAGCCAUCGAGGAAGAUCAUGCCAUCAACACGCCUGAAGGGGUCAAGAACUACAUCGUGGCCAUCAAUGCAGACACUGGCGAGACGAAACGCGUUGUUCAGGGGGCCGACUUCUACUACACGCCGCGGUUUAGUGAGGACGGGAAAAGAUUGGCUUGGACUGAGUGGGAUCAGCCCAAUCUUCCGUUUUCCGCGAGCAAGAUAUUUGUAGCUGACUGGACCUCGUCUGCUUCUGUUGAGAACAAGGUUCAGAUCGCUGGCCAGAACCUCGAGGGCGCCGCUGAGCCUCGAUGGGGGUUGGACGGGAGCUUAUUCGUGUGCAUCGAGGUCGACGGGUUCCGACAGCUUCACCGUCUUGGGCCUGGCGACUCGAAUCCCACCCAUAUCAAGCUCAAGGGUCUGGAAAAUGCCGAGUUCGGUGAGAUUCGAUGGUUCCAGGGAAGCCAAACCUACGCGCCCAUAUCUGCGCGACACGUUGUAGCAGCUGGCAUUAUUUUUGGGCAGGCGAAGCUGAUCGUCGUAGACCUCGAGACCAGCGACUGGAAGCCUAUAGGCCCUUCGAAUCUCAAUGCUCUGGCGAAUGAUUCCGUGGCCAGGCUUAACGACACCUCAGUGCUUGUCAUUGCCGAGGAAACGGCUUCGCCGUCAGCCUUGUACAUCAUCAAUGCUCUUAGUGGCGAGUCCAAGAUCGUCAGGAAGACUACAGACGUUGACUUGGACCAAAAGCUGUUCUCCAAGCCAGAGCUUGUUCAACUUCGUUCAACAGGCGCCCCCUUCCGAACCAUCUACAGCACCCUCUGGAUGCCGCACAACCCGAAGUUCAUCGCCCCAGAAGGCACUUUGCCUCCACUAGUCAUAUCGUCUCAUGGUGGGCCAACAGGAUAUACGAGCUCCGGACUCAAGCUUCGAACGCAGUACUUCACCUCUCGAGGGUAUGCCUACCUGGCGCUUAACUACACGGGAUCAACUGGACACGGCAGAGAGUAUCGCGAAGCGUUAUUCAGUAAUUGGGGAAUUGUUGAUGCAGACGACGCUGCCGAAGUCGCCGAGCAUCUAGUGAAUGCUGGUCGAGUGCGAAAAGUCGGCAUCGUCGGUGCCAGCGCCGGAGGAUACAACGUAUUGCAAGCCCUUGUCCGCCGCCCAAAGACGUUUGAUGCAGGGUUCUGCGUCUGUGGCGUCAGUGAUGUCAAGAAGCUGGAUGAGUCUACUCACAAGCUCGAGUCUGAGUACAUGGGCGCUUUAGUACUCGACCCUGGUAUGGAUGAGGAGCAAAAGGAGGAGAGAUACAAAGAGCGAAGUCCACUGUUUCAUGCGGAUAAGAUCCAGUCGCCCCUGUUCCUGCUGCACGGCAUUGCGGACACGGUAGUUCCCAUUGAGCAGGCUCGGCUGAUAUAUGCAGCCGUGAAGAACAAGGGCGGAGAUGUUCAGAUGAGAGAGGUCCCAGGAGAGGGCCACAUGUUUGGGAAACCUGGAAGCCCUAGGCUUUGGCUAGAUGAGGAGGAGGCUUGGUGGAGAAGGAAUCUGUUGUGA